AACUAGCUCCCGGGACCGCGACACGUCGAAACGCGGCAUCAUAUCGUUGUCGCCACUGAAGCAAACAAACUGAAAGCCGAGCUGGAGAAGAUGAUCGUCUGCGUCGCCGUCGUUGGCCACCAGAACAACCCACUUUACAUUCAAAGCUUCACCGACGCCGAUGACGCCCUCAAGCUCCGCCACAUCGUCCACUGCUCCCUCGACGUCGUCGACGAGCGAGUGAACAAUCCGAAAAAGUCCGGACCGACAUUGAAUGAGACAUUCUUGGGUUUGCUCUAUCCAACUGAGAAUUACAAAGUUUAUGGCUAUUUGACUAAUACGAAAGUGAAGUUUAUCUUGGUAACUACCGAUCUUGAUGUCAAGGAUGCAGAUGUUAAAAAUUUUUUCAGGAGAUUCCAUGCUGCUUAUGUGGAUGCAAUUUCAAACCCGUUUCAUGAGCCAGGCAAAAAGAUAACCUCAAAAACGUUUGCAGAAAGGGUAAGCACAAUCGUCAAGUCAUUUGGCUUGAGUUCAACCGGGUGAAUGAUCAAGACAGAAUCGUAACUGAACUUUCUGAGUCUCUCUUUAUUGAAUGGGUGGAGUUCAUUCACAUUUCUCACCUGCAAAGUGGAAUUAGGCUCAUAUGUUUUGUAUCCCGAAAGACGUUAGAAUUAGAAAUUGCAUCACUUCAAUUCUACUAGAGAUGAAACCAUUUGUGAUUCUUCCUUUCCAACAUGUUGUAAAGUUUGUAACAUUUGGCACUUUGCACCAAAGAUUGACGAUAUGAUAUUCAAACGAGUUGUGUAAAUCAGAUCAUUCUGUGUAAUUUAACACAAGAUUUAUUUUUAAA